UUUCAGCGAAAGCUGAUCGAUCAAUCGUAGGGGUUUGCGCAACGAACGACUCGUGUCUUGUAAAACAAUCUCGCCGACAACCAGCGGUCGUAUAUUUUCGCCUCCCUUUCUCUUAUAAAAAACGAGAAAUCGAACUGAGAAAGCCGAGAAAAGAGAGAAUAAAAUGCCAGGAUUAACUUGUAACGCUUGUAAUAAAGAAUUCGAUGAUGAUGCUGAACAAAAACUGCACUACAAGUCUGAAUGGCACCGUUACAAUCUUAAACGAAAGGUUGCUGGUGUUCCGGGAGUGACUGAAGCGCUUUUUGUGGCUAGACAGUCUGCAAUUGCUAAAGAGAAAGAGAAGAAUGAAACCCCUAUGCUUUAUAGCUGUGUUCUAUGUAACAAGGGAUAUCGAAGUUCCAAAGCUCAUGAUCAGCACCUUAAAUCAAGGAGCCACAUACUGCGAGCUUCUCAAGGAACAAACCAGGAAGAGGAGAAUACUGUGAUUAAACCGCUUCCUCGACGGGAGGUGAAUAAGCGUGUUGUGCAAAGGGAGGCAGAUGUUAGAGAAAGUGAAGAGAGUGAGGAUGAGUGGGAAGAAGUUGAUUCGGAUGAAGAGUUGGUUGCUGAGACCACAAAGUCUCUGACUGGUUUGAAUGUAAAUGAGAUGGCCUCCCUUGAUGAUAUUGCUGAGGAUGAUGAAGAUGAUGUGUUGUUGGACCCAUCGUGUUGCUUCAUGUGUGAUCAAGAGCAUGAUAACAUAGAAAGCUGCAUGGUUCAUAUGCAUAAGCAUCAUGGGUUCUUUAUUCCUGAUGUUGAGUAUUUGAAGGAUCCACAGGGUCUUCUUACUUAUCUUGGCCUCAAGGUGAAGAGGGAUUUCAUGUGUUUGUACUGCAAUGACAAGCGUCAACCUUUCAACAGCUUGGAAGCAGUUAGGAAGCAUAUGGAAGCAAAAAGUCACUGCAAAGUACAUUAUGGUGAUGGUGAUGAGGAUGAGGAAGCUGAGUUAGAAGACUUCUAUGAUUAUAGCAGCAGCUAUGUGGCUGAGGAUGGGAGACAACUUGUUGCAUCAGGUGACAUGGCCAACACUGCUGAGCUUGGUAGUGGUGGUUCAGAGCUAAUUAUAACCACAAAAUCUGGUAAUAAAGUGUCAUCCAAAACACUAGGUUCCCGAGAAUACUUGCGCUAUUAUCGCCAAAAGCCACGACCAUCGCAUGCAAAUCAUAUAGCCGUUGCUGCUGCACUUGCGUCCAGAUACCGGAGCAUGGGGCUGACAACUAUCCAGUCAAGAGAGCAAAUGGUGAGGAUGAAAGUGAUGAAGCAAGUGAGUCGAUCAGCAGAGGCCAUGCGGACUAAAAUUAACAUGAAGAAUAACGUUAUUUGGAACCUGCCCAAGAACGUCCCAUAUUAGAUCAGGGCAUGUCGUCAUCUUCUUGUAAUUCUAGCUCACUGUUGUGAGCUGCUUUCGAAUUGCCAUCUACUUGUUUAAGUGUUUGCUACAUUGAUAUAAUAUUUAAGUUCAGUCUCGUUUGUUUGCUUCUUUCCCGUUUGGCUGGAUUGGGAAAUUAAUAUUUCAUAAUUGCAGUAUUUUUUUAAU